AUGACCAUGUUUCCAACCAGUACGCAGCAUGAUUUGGAACUUGAAACUGCUUUGGAGCAACACAUGCCUGAACUCGUUGCUGAGGCUGAUCACUUUUAUAUUCCCUUGAGAGAGCUGCUGACUUUUAGACUAGAGGAUACUGCAGUAGCGGUACCCUCUGAUGAUGCUGUACCCUCCGACAUUACGAACUGUAAGCAGGGCCCAGUGCUAACGUGCGGUGUCACGCUGGGUCUGGUGUACCUGACGACGGCUAUCAUCCUUAGUGAAGUCAGAGACAGUGAUACUGUCAAAGGUGUGGUGGAUGUUAUGCAUUGCCUUUUAUCCCCUGGCUCUACUGCGUACAGACAUCUCCGUGGUCACAAGUAUGCCCUGCAGAGGUUUGAACAAUUGUUAAAGGGUUACAUUGAGAUUUUAAACUCCCCAUGUGAAGUGCAUUAUCAGGAUAAUCUGUUUGAUCUUUACCGGGCGGCCAUCAGCUUCGCUCCCUCACCGGAAUACAUUACCGUCGCCCACCCACUUUUUGUGCGGGAGGCAGCACGCUGUCGUUGUCCGGGGCUUGCACUUGCUGUUAUGCGUCAACCCGUACUGGAGGUGUCACCGGUGGACACCGGGGCGGAUGUCACAUACCUCCAUAGUUAUUACUGCGAGGGCGGUCUCUUGCUCGCUGCCAUGCAGUGUUGGGAAGAUGCGAUGGUGUGGCUACGUUUGGCCGUAAGCGUGCCAAAACACUUGCAGCGUCAAGCGUCAUUGGAAGUCCAAGUAGCAGAAGCGUCGACCACAACAACCUCCCCUGUGUCGCCUGUGACUGCGUUAGGGCAGAGUGGAGCUAUCUGUGAUAUACUGUUGAAGGCGGUGAAAGCCUUUGUGCUCGUGGCCAUCAUAUCUCAAGGUGGCUUUCACGAUCCUGCUGACCGCAGGCGAGCACAGCGUGUUAUGCAAGUAUGCCGUGGACGUAACACCGAUCCCUACUUUCGGUUGCUAUCCGCAGCGGCACAACGUGAUGGAAAACUGUGGAACACCCUUGAGAAACGCUUUGACUUUUUGUGGAGGCAAGAUGGAACGGCUGAGUUUGUUGUUGAGGCUGGGCUUCGGCUGCGGCGUCAUGUCAUUCGCGAUCUGGCAAUGGUUGCAAACCGUAUGUACCUGUCCGACAUCCUCUCUGCUUUUCGAAUCCAUUCCCUUUGCGGGACAGGUGAGGUUAGUGAUGCUGAGGAAAUAUCUGCCUUGAUUCAGCUCCUGGCGGGUAUGCAGGAAGAUGGAGAACUGCUCAUCCGUAUUGAGAAUUUCCGUGAUGGGGGGCUGGGAGAAGCGGAGAUGACACUGGAAGACGAUAGUAGUGACAUGAGCGUGAAGCCGUUGGUGGUGCGGCUCGAGCUGCCGCCAAAGCGCAUUCCUAAGGCACUGGGGACAUGUCAGCGUGGGUGCAGUCUACUUUCUCUGACUGGUGCGGAUAUGGGGAAGAAGCAGCGCUACAGGCAGGCGCAGUUGCGUUGUGCCAUGGAGGACAGGAUCCGACGGUAUGAACGCGCACAUGCCGCGUUGACACGAGCGACGGAGACGUCGAGCGGUGAAGGUGCGCAACUCGGAGGAUGA